AUGCCAGACUCAGAUAAUUUCUCUCUGAGUGGCCUGCUGGAAGAACUGGAACUCGAGAUCGAGGACCGUGAAAAGUCCUUGGAUCAGAAACGAACCCCUCUGCAGACGGACAAGUCGGCGAAUGAACCGGCGGAUGCAGUCGUUCCUCCCAGCACCGCCACGGCCGACGACUGGCAGUUCAUGGGUCUUUUGGAGGGCUUGGAGGGCAGCUCGACGGCAGAGACAUCCAUGUCUCGGAGUAAGGACAGGCAGAGCCUGGAGGGAAUGAAGCGAGAAACUCGGGAAGCUGCCAUCCAAGUUCCGCGGCCAUGGCCUGAAUCCGAUAGCCAGCUCGUGGCUUUCACCAGCCUGGCUUCAGAUGCCAAUUCUGCUUAUAGAAGCUACAUGGAGGAUGGGUCACUUAGUCUUCACCCCUUUGAGCAAGGCUCAGGCAGCUCCAGCGACCGUUGGGGCUUCUUUGCUGUCUACGACGGCCACGGUGGCCGUGAGGCGGUAGACUACUGCGAGAUGCGCUUGCAUGAGCAAGUCGCCCUUGAAAUGAAGACGUCAAGCCCCCUAGAUGCAUUGAAGACGGCUUUCCACAAGAUCGACAGUCAGCUCGGCAUGUACGGUGCUUGGAACCAUGGCACCACUGCAACAGUUGUGUUGGUGCAGGGAACCAAGGCGGGGCGAAGCCUCCACAUUGCGCAUGUGGGGGAUUCGAGGGCCGUUCUGAUUGACAACAUCGGCUGCUGCAGAAGCCUCACCAAGGACCAUCGGCCCACAGAUCCGGAGGAGGCAAAGCACGUGACUAAGGGUGGUGGGAUCGUGUCUGGCGGGAGGGUCGGAGGCGAUCUGGCCAUUUCCCGAUCGCUUGGAGACCAUCGUUUGAAAGGCAAAGGGUUGAGCUGCACUCCGGACUUGUCCACCGUCAGUGUUGCAUCUGGGCAUGCGCUGAUCGUGGCGACGGAUGGCCUAUGGGAUGUUGUCAGCGAUGAGGAUGCUUGCAGGAUCGUCGAGAGGUUUAUUCGCAUGUCGCUUUGCAGCCUGUCUGUUAUGGACGACGGGCACGGUCACAACAUGUAUUUCUUCAAGACAUUUCUGCGGCCGCCUCUGAAGUGUAUGGAGAGCCAGGCAUCUGAACCUCGUCUCACAGACUGUGAUGAAGAGCUGGUGGGCCACGUGGGUUCCGGGAAGCUUGUUCACAAGGAACCCGCCACGACCCUGAGCAUGAAGCAGCCAUUGUUUGGUGUCGUUCGAGGCUCAUCGUCCAACUCUUCCAGCUCUGAGCCAGAAAUCGAAGUCGAGCCUGGUGCAGAGAUGGGCAUCGAUGAGUGCAUUGAGAUCGUUGGCGAGGCCCAGCCCUGGUCAGAUGCACGCUUUGAGCACAUCCGCUUAUUGCAGAACGCUGCCCGAAACCAGGGCAGGGUCGAGCUACAGAAAGAUCUCUCGAACGGAAAGUUUGUGGCAGUGAAGCGAAUGCCGAUUACAUGGACUGGCCUGAACCAUGAGGACUUUGUCCGCCAACAUUCGUCCGAGACAGAGUUGCCGUGGGUCGACAUCGGCUUGGCCAAGUACUUGCAUGCAAAGGGCUUCCGCUUCAUAUGCGAGCCGUAUGGCACCUUCCGCAGCGAAAGUGAGACGUUUUUUGUCUCCGAGUUCGCGGAUAAAGGUGAUCUGUUUGAGUGGUGCCAAUCUGGCCCAACCCCUGGCCCAGAGCGCGAGCAGAUGCUCCGACCUGUUGCACGGCAGAUUGUUAGCGCCGUCCGGCAUUUACACAGCCUCUCUAUAGCACAUCUCGAUCUGUCGCUGGAGAACAUUCUCCUCGCAACGAGCUCAACAGACGGAAGCCCUCAAGUGAAGCUGAUCGACUUCGGCAUGGCCACCAUCAAGCAAGACUUCCUCGCCGGCCCCCGCGGGAAGCCCUCCUACCAGGCCCCAGAGAUGCACGAGCAAGCGAGCUACGAUCCUUGUUUGGCUGAUGCCUUCUCUGUGGGUGUGGUUCUCUUCGGGAUGGUGGCGCAAGACUACCCGUGGUUGUCAACCAAGCCCAAUGGCUGUAAAUGCUUCGAGUUCACGCGGCAGAAAGGACUUGAGGCGUACUUGAUCAAGAGGAAAGCCAGUUUGGUUCUUUGUUCACUAGAGAAAUGCCUCUUGUUCACUCUGCCUGGAGCGCUUGAGGCGUAUCGCGUGCAUAGGCGGAGGGACGGCUUCAUGGUUGGAUCUGAGGAAUCUCUUAUGGAAUUGCUGGAGGCCUUGCUGAAGGUCGACCCUGCAGAAAGGAUUGACUCGAAUCUCAAAGCGUGGCUGGGUGAAGAUGUGUGGUGGGCUGGGACGGCGCUUCGUUUGAAUAGCCAAACUCUUUACGUACAGCGGCUGAUUUUUAACUCAGCACAGACGCUUGGCACAGCAGGUUACGGCAAGUUGUCCAACGGCUUCCAGUUUAAUUUUCCACAGCCGCACGGCUUCUGCCGGCACAGCCUCGGUGGAGCCCAUUUGACUGAGUCAGACUGGGAGCUGGCAAGCUGCGCAAGCCUGUUCUCACUCGCGGUCGCGGGUAGCUUCCGACAUGUGCGGGAAAUGGCCAGGUUGAGAUCAAGUGAUGGUGCUUCUGGGAGGGCAGCUGGCAUUGACGUUUUCGAAGUCGACUUGGGCACGGUGGCCUUGAGCCCCGUCCUUUCAAGUGUGGCAGAAAUGGGAGACGGUGACGAGGUUCCGCUGCCCCUGGUGGACAGCAUUUCGCUGCGAUGGGUUCUUGCACACUGCCGUGAGUACCAUGCACAGGGCAAGUGGGUCCUGAGCAAGAAGCUUUCCAGUGGAGGGCCUGGUGACUUGGAGAGACUGCUUUGGGCAGCUGAUUUCCUGGCAUUAGAUCUUUUGGUCUCGCUUUGCUUGGCGAAGCUGGCCAGCUUGCUCCAGGAGCGGCAGGGCACGAAGAUCUCGCUGCGAGCCUUGUGUCGAUGCUUGGAGCUUAGCCUGAAGCCGGAACCGAUGAUGGCCGUGCUAGAAGCGCUCCAGGAACAGGCAGCUUGUGGUGAUGAAACUGCCUUAGCCGCCCUCAGCAGAUGCCAGGGGCAUGCUGCGGCAGCAGUGAGGCUCGCAACGGUGCGGGCUCUCGAAAGGCUAGCUCCGAGGGGCCACGCUGCUGCGACACGCUUGCUUCAAUCCCGCUUGCAGCUCGAAGCCGUUGAAGACAUUCAAACAGUCAUCCUGCGGGCGCUGACAAGCAUUGGCACAAGAUUGACGCAACCAUCGCCGCCACAAGCCUUGUACAGCAUCCUGAGAUUUCUUGGCUCCCACUACUCGGUUGUAACUCGGGAAUCGGCGGCCCGUGCAGUAGGGGCUUUGGCAGAAAUCGGAAGCGCACAUGCCCUGGCUGCUUUAAUUGGAUCACCGCCGGCUUACCUUCGACAAGGAAUUACGGACAGCAGCCCUGUUGUGCGUCGGCAGGCCCUCCUGUCUCUUCAGCAAAUGAUGGGGGACUGCAAGAGCAUCCAGGUUCUCACUGCAGUUGCCGCCAGACUUCAGGACACGGACGGCAUCGUGCGACAGGAAGCAGUCAAGGCCGUGGCGUUGCUUGCCAGGCAGGGCGACGUCGCUGUGAUUCAGGCAGCCCUGGCUUGCUUAAGCCAUGACUGCCAAUGGGCAUUCGGCGCUGGCGUGCAGACCCUGCAGCUGGUUGGUCGCGGCGAUGCCUUCGCAAUAGCUGGAGUUCUUCAGAAAAUGGCCAACCCCAGAACACGUGUCCCUGCUGCCCAGGCGUUGCUUCAAAUCGCCACGAUGCCGGAGGCCCUUAGAUCAUGUAUCUCGUGCUUGGAGAGCCCAGAAACGCGAAGCUCUGUCCCGGAGUGUCUGGCAAUUCUUCUCCGCCAGUGUCAAGCUCCAGCAGGCUUCGUAGCCGGCCGUCUCGUCCAAUACCUAUGCCACAAAACGUUCGAGGUUCGCCGUGUGGCACUGGCUGCUUUGAAAAGCUUCCACCUGGCGGGCAAACGGAUUCCUGUCAUAGCACUCCGUGGAAUCGGGUGUCGGUUGCUGGACCGACACCAAGCAGUGCGUGCAGCCGCGACCGAUCUGGCCCAAGCAUUUGGCCCGCAACAGCGACUUCGCCUCCUGUUCCCGCUGACAAAGCACUUGGCGCAUCCGAGUCAGGGAAGGCGGCGGCUGGUUCUCCGUGCUUUCUUGAGACUGGCGACCCCCUGGGAUGAGCGCUAUGUGCAGCUCCUCAUUCCCAACUUGAGAAGCCACCACGUCUACUCGCAGAAAGCCGGCGUCGAACUGAUACAGAAACUAUCAAGUGGCCAUGAACAUUCUGGCAUUGAAAAGGCCCUGCUCCUGCUGCAGGAAAAGGGUACCAGUGCACGGCAUGGUGGCAUUAGACUGCUGGCCUGCAUGCUGGCCCUGUGCAGCAACGAUCAGCGCUACGUGCCUCCGGAGCUGCUGCGAUCUGCGGCCGGUGCGUUGGUGGCGGGCAUCCGAUCAGAGGACGCUUUUCAGCGGCGCACAGCCGCGGCGUGCGCGCCAAGCCUCUCUGCAUUGAUGAGUGCGUCCGUAGACUUGGCUGCACCGGUUGUCGUGUGGCUCAAUGCUCUGGCUGCCGGCCUUGUCGACUCGAGCAGGUCCAUCCAGCUUUCUGCAGCAGCGGCUCUGCAGCCAUUGAUCGUCAAGGCCAACGUUCACAGCCAGCUGGCCUUAGAAGUGAUGGUGCGUGCGAUGCAGCAUCAAGACUGGAGGGUGCGCUGGACUGCCGUAGCGGUUCUUCUGCAAGUCCCUUUGGCUGGCCCUGUGAGCUCAAAUUCGCCGAAGCUCUCUGAAGCGAUGAGAUCUGAAAUCCGAGCGGCCAUCUGCCGCCUGAGGGAAGAGCAGGGAGUCCGAGCCCGAGCUGUGUGUGAUGUGGCUGACUAUGUCCUCGGCCGCCUUGACCGGGGUCUUCUGGGCGACCACCGGCUUUGCGUUCUGGCUCUGCGAGCCUGUGGGCAGACUCCAGAUGGCUUAAUGUUCCAAUCUGCGGCUGGCCGUGCGGACGCAGUGGGCGGAAAGUGGCCGACAUAUGUAGCCAGUCUCUCGGCACCAAGUUUUUUUGCAGAGCCCCUAAAGGCGGGGCCUGACCAGCCCUUCAAUUUGGAGUGA